GGAGUCUAUAGCUAAGUAUAUAUCUGCCAGGUAAGUAUGUAUGAAACUUUAUUGUACAAUAACAAUAUCAUUUUUGUGAUAAAACUAUUUACAAAACCAGGUCCAAAAAUUUUUAGUGCUUUUUUCUUGAGUUUUAACUAACAAAAUAGGCCAUUUCAGCGUUUUUAUAGGGGUUCCAACUAUUCACGGGUUCUAACUAUUCGUUGGGGGUGUCUGAGGAAAACAUUAAUAUACCUGUGUACUUCCUGCAUAUUUAUAAUGAUUACUUUCUCUAUCUUGCAGAUAAGUCGCGAAGCACCAAAUGCAGACUUGGUGAGUUAGAAGUCCUGGGAAAUUUAAGUUACGGUACAAAAUUAUCAGUAAGGAACUCUAUUCCUUGGUCUUGUUGGGAAGUUUUGAGGACCGUCGUUCAUUUUAUUUUGCUAUUCUUCUAAACGGAGGGAAUUUCCAUCGGAUCCUAACUAGGAUUGAGUAUUGCACAUAGAACAUCUUGUGGAAAUGGAUGCUGAAGAAUUGUCAUCAUUGCUGUUACUCAAAGAAGAGAAGGAGGAUCUGGAGGAGGGUCCAACUGAAAACGUAGAUGACAACUCUUCAUUUGCAGACCCCUUCUUAGAAGUCAAGGCAGAACCGGAAUUUUUUGACUAUGGUGAUUUUGAUGUGAACUGUUCUUCCCAAUCUACUAUUAAGUGUGAAAAGUGCAGCUCUCCAAGCUGUGAUGAUGAGAGCAGAAAGGAAAAGACCUGUAUUGGAGGAGAAAAUAGAUAUUUUGGUAGAAGCAAGGCAGCAGGGAAGCAAUUUACUUGUGCUGAAUGCCAAAGGACGUUUUCAAAAAUUAACAGGCUGAAAUCCCACAUGAGAACUCAUACAGGAGAGAAACCAUAUACUUGCUCUGUAUGUCAAAAAGGUUUUUCUGAAUCAAGUCAUCUCAUAUGUCACAUGAGAACUCAUACAGGAGAGAAACCAUAUACUUGCUCUGUAUGUCAAAAAAGUUUUUCUGUUUCAAGUACUCUCAAAUGUCACAUGAGAACUCAUACGGGAGAGAAACCAUAUACUUGCUCUGUAUGUAAAACACGUUUUUCUGAUUCAAGUGCUUUCAGAUAUCACAUGAGAACUCAUACGGGAGAGAAACCAUAUACUUGCUCUGUAUGCCAAAGAAGUUUUUCUGUUCCAAGUAAUCUCAUAAAACACAUGAGAACUCAUACGGGAGAGAAACCAUUUACUUGCUCUGCAUGUCAAAGUAUUUUUUCUCAACGAAGUCACCUCAAAAGACACAUGAGAACUCAUACUGGAGAGAAACCAUAUACUUGCUCUGUAUGUCAAAAAAGUUUUUCUGAAUCAAGUACUCUCAAAUAUCACAUGAGAACUCAUACAGGAGAGAAACCAUAUACUUGCUCUGUAUGUCAAAUAAGUUAUUCUGAUUCAAGAACUCUCAAAUGUCACAUGAGAACUCAUACAGGAGAGAAACCAUAUACUUGCUCUGUAUGUCAAAAAAGUUGUUCUUACUUGAGUAAUCUCACAAGACACAUGAAAACUCAUGCAUGAGAGAAAGCAUUCAUUUACCAAGCAAUCUCUAAAGACACGAGAAUUCAUGCUAGACAGAAACUGUUUAUUACUUGAUCUCUGUCCAAGUCAUUUUUUUUAUUAAAUGUUUUUAUAUAACUGCUGUAAUUUGUAUGUUGUUAAGAGAGAACUUGAGUAACAUUUGUAAGUGAAAUUUCGUUUAACGUAAGUAUGGACAAGAAAAUGCUCUCUUUCUUCAUCGGGGGAAACUUUUACUUAUGAGCUCAGAUAAGUGGAGCAAGUUCAAAAUGAUUAUAUUUGUAUUAUGAGAAAAUGGUUCUUUUUUUAUAUUUAUAAGAUUAUUGUUUAAUAACUACUGGUUCUUAGAUACGACACUGAAUCGCUUUAGUAUUUUAAUGUCUUGCUGGUAUUCUGACGAUUUCAAAUGUUUUGAGGUAAUUGAUUGUUCAGUUGAGACCAAUUCAUUUGUCAGUGUUAUCAAUAAAUGUGUUGAGGGAACACUGAGAAAGAAGAAGAGUUCUCACGUACUGUUGCUAAUUGCAAAGACAAUUAUGUUUAUUGACGUCUACAAAUUUAUUUUUGCUGACAGAACCCUGGUUUUGGUCUCAUUAUGAAGCUGAAUAAUUGUACUGUAUUUCUUCACUUUUAUGUGAAGUAGUUUUGUAAAAUUGAUGUAAUUUAACUAGCAUUUGUUCAGUGAGAAAGUAUAAUAGAUUUUCUUUCCAGUGACUUACAUGUUUAUGCAAUUUGUGUCUGGUAGUUUGCUCAUAAACAGUAGGAAAAU